CUGGGGCGCCAAAGUCGCCAGCGUCCGUUGAUACCUUCUGUCCCGGGCAGAGGCCAGCGGGUCGCGCACGCGUUCGCCCGGAGCCCUCCUGCCCCUCCUCCUCGGAAGCCAGUUUGGCUCAAGGCAAGUUGAUUCCGCUUCAGCACAAUACCCGAAUCAACUCGAUUAGUGUUUUCGAAGCAGGCAGCCAGCGUCGUCGAAAUCGCUGCAACAGCGAGGUGCGCUCGAAUUGGCAGCCCAGUGGGCGCAUCGUGUUCUUGCGAAGAGUCUGAGUCGACGACGGUGACGCUCGAGAAGAAGGACCGAAGCGAAAUAUUCGGCGCCCGCCUGGUCGACACGGCGGAAGAGGACGAGGCUGGUCUGACGAUGCUGUUCAUUCCCGACGGAGGCUUCCUGAGCAAGUGGGGCGACCGCAACCCAGUACAGGCGGCGAUUCCUUGCGACGGCGCCGUCGGGCGGAACGGCAGCACGGCGCCGCGGCCAGUCGCGGAGGAGGGGGCCAAGCUGAAGUCGGGCGUGGCCCUCUCCAGGAGGAACAGACGAGAUCCCGUGGCCCGUGCGCCUGGUGCCGGCGGCGGUCUCGGAGGCGGACGCUGGACCAGAGGAGAGUCUCCCACCUCGCAGCGGGCUUCGCGCUCGCGGCGGCGCCGCUUGCAGCGGCGGUGGAAACGUGAUCUCCUCAAGGCGAGUUUGACUCGUGACGACCUCGCGCGGCCGGCGCUGUCCGCCCUUGGGGCCAUGACGCAGGGCUGUUCCGUGCUCUGCCGCAUUUCGUCGCGUGCGCUCCAGGAAGACGUACGCGCGCAGCCUCGACCGCCUGCAAUGCCGGCUCCUGGCCAUCACUGGAGGCAGGCGUGGGCGAAGGCGCGGGUGUCGUGGGAGUCCCACAUUCGCCGCGGCCACGACCCGCAGGCUUGGACGCCGCGCGUGCUCGGUCAUCGCGGCGCGGAGUGGCUGAGCUGGCAGCGCCUGAUCGGGAAUGCUUCCAGAUAUGCUCCUACACAUCGCUGUUAGGUUGCUUUGGGGCCGGCGGAUUUUUUAUACAUCUGCUGGCAACGUUCCCGUACCAGUGCAUGUGCGCGCCGCCAGAUGUUCUUUGUUUCUGCCGCUUCCGUGCCAAAUGGCGCGCAUCGCCAGAAACAUUUGCUUCCCUGGGCUCCGUCGUGCGGCCUUUCAUUGUCUCGCCAGCCUUGCUACAAGCUGCGGAUCGCAGUCUGCUCGGUGCCCCAGGACACCCACGGCAGCAGCUUCCCCUUCUCUUUCCUUCCCUUUUCUCCC